UUUUGUAUCUCCACAGUCGAGUCACUCAGACGAAGUUGGUCGUCAACGACGACGGCAGCAAAUAUGCGAAUGUUCAUUGAAUUUGUACAUUUUAACCUUUGAUGAAAGCAUAUUAAAUUUUGAGUUUAGAUAGAUUGACUGUGGUCGCGACGGGCUGGCCGAUCUUCUUGUAAUCAGUUGAUCAUCGUGUUAGAAUUCAUUUUGUUUUGCUUUAGCAGGAGAGCUAACUCUAACGACGUUAGCUGUUAGCCAGCUAGCUUUGCUAGCGAACAACUGUCCAAGUGUUAGCUUACGCUAGUCAGUGGCGAAAUGGCCGCCAACACGAAACAAGCAACAUCUACAACAAACUGGUCCUUUGGUGGAGAUGGCCAGGUUCAUGAAAACCCAGAAUGGGAGAAAGCAAGACAAGCACUCGCGUCCAUUAACAAGAGUCAGAGCUCUGCUAAGACUGCCCAAGCCAACCGAACGGCCACAGCAGAGGCCAGUCAGUUUCAGCCAGCAGUGACUGACUCUGCUGCCAUUCAGCAGCAGCAGCAGCAGCAACAACAACAACAACCGCAGCAGUACUAUCCUUGGUACCAGCAAACUCAGCAGCAUUAUCCUGGAUACACGUACCCAUAUAAUUACUACUACCCCAUGGGUCCAUAUGGAGCUUCAUAUCCACCAAAUCAGUUUGGCGUCCCCCCAGGGUCUUACCCAGGAACUACCCCCUCCAAUGGACAGCCUCCUCCAGUGCCUGGAAUGGAAGACCAGUCCUCAGGCUACCCCUCUCAACCACAACCCCCUCCCCCUGCUACUCCCCAGCAACCCCAGAGCCCUACCACGUCUGAGACACCCCCUCCUCCUCCACCCCCACCUAUUCCUCCCCCACCCAAUUCCCAGUAUCCCCCUCCUCCAUCACAAAAUGCCUACAGUGCCAAUAAUUCCAUGCAAUACCCACACGGUGACCCCAACCAAAUGCAAGCUUACAAUCAUUCCCAGGGCAGGCCUAACUAUGGACAGGGCUUCCAGGCUCAGCACACAUAUCAGCCCUCUCAGAAUACCUCCCAACAGCCAGGCCAGUAUGUACCAGGGCUUGGCAGAGGAGAGGCCAACAAAAACAAAAACCAAAAACAAGGACAGCAACUAUGGCACCGCAUGAAACAGGCUCCUGGGACAGCUUCUGUGAAGUUCAAUAUUCACAAGCGGCCCUAUCAGGUUCAGUGUUCCUCAAUGUCCAAUCCAACUUUCCCUCCAGGCGAGCAGCCCUCAGGAUUGAAUCCAACUCCUUCUUCCCCAUCUUCGGCCAGUGUUGCACCUGGAGGUGCUCAGACACGACCCCAGGACUGGCCCCAAGCCAUGAAGGAAUAUGUGCAACGCUGUUUUACAGCCUGUGAGACAGAGGAAGACAAAGAUCGCACAGAGAAGGUGCUGAAGGAAGUUCUGCAGGACCGGUUGAAGGAUGGGUCGGCUUACACCAUCGAUUGGACUCAUGAGCCAUUGCCAGAACUAAAGGCCAAGCAGUCUCGUUGGGGAUCUGUUGCAUCCCAGAGGUCAUCAGAUGGCUCAGUUAGUCGUGGUGGAAGUGCAAUGGCUGCGUCUCCAAGAGGCAGGGGUGGUGCACACCGAUUGGGCCACUACAGAAAUAUAUUUUCUCAAAGGAGUCCCUCUUCUAGUUCGUCCCGUUCCUCCUCCCGCACCCCAUCCCCCUCCCAUGGCCGAAACAGGGACCGCAGCAACCAAAGGCACAGACGCAGUGAUUCUGGCUCACAGUCGGACAGCAGCAUCUCCAGUGACCUCCGACCGCAGCUGUCCCGACGGAGUCAGAGAGGUGGACGUGGUCGUGGUAAUGACAGGGAUAGAGGCCGUGGAGGCGGCGAGAGAGGACGUGGAAGAGGAGGAAAGGCAAACCGAGGAAGGCGAAACAUGGACGAUUCCAAUCCAGCUGGUGGAAAGAAGAGGAAAGGUGGCAACGCUGGUCUAGAUUUUCAUGACCCCAACAGAGAAGCCAAGAAGCAGAGCAGAGCAGCUCGUUUCCACAAGCAGCUUCGCUCAGAACCCCUGGUUCUCUCCAUCAAUUCCCUGGACUUGCCUGAUGGAACACAGGAGGGCCUCAGCUGGGAGGACUGCCCCAUUGUGGGAACGUGCCAGGACAUCACCAAGUCCUAUCUGAGGCUCACCUGUGCCCCUGACCCCUCCACUGUACGCCCCGUGCAUGUCCUGAGAAAAUCUCUGCAGGCUGUAAAAAUCCACUGGAAAACCCACCACGACUACACCUAUGCCUGCGAACAGAUGAAGUCCAUACGACAGGACCUCACGGUCCAAGGAGUUCGUACUGACUUCACAGUGGAAGUGUACGAGUGUCAUGCACGCAUUGCUCUUGAAAAGGGGGACCAUGAAGAGUUCAACCAGUGCCAGACCCAGCUGAAGGCCCUGUAUAAGGAACAUCCCUCAGAGAACAUCGGAGAGUUUACAGCAUAUAGAUUGCUGUAUUACAUCUUCACUAAAAACUCUGGAGAUCUGACCACUGAAUUGGUGUAUUUGACCCCGGCGCUGCGGGCAGAUGUGUGUGUGGCUCAUGCUCUCGCACUCCGUGCCGCCUGGGCGUUAGGAAACUAUCGACGUUUCUUUAUUCUGUACAAGGAAGCCCCGCGCAUGGCUUCAUACCUCAUUGACAAGUUUGUAGAGAGGGAAAGAAAGGUUGCACUUCGGGCCAUAGUCAAAACGUUCAGGCCCGACUUGCCAGUGCAGUACGUGCAGUCCAAUCUGGGCUUCUCUUGUCUAGACUCCUGUAUGGCGUUUCUUACUGGGCUAGGUGUCACCUUCUACCCCUGUGACCCCCAAAAAAUAGACUGCAAAACCAGCACAGCUGCUUUGGCUGCCUCCUGAGUGGGUGGGGGGGUAGCACCAUGAGGGGAGGCACUAAGGGACCAUCAUGGAUCCUAACCUAUACAAUGCAUUGCACUUCAGACACUUCAGCUUGUUCAGAUAGAGUAGUUGGCAAACUAACCGCUAUAGAUGACCCACAUAGAAAGAUACAUGCUAGAAUACUCUACUGCAAGAGAUUUCAGAUGUAUUUUCUGGCACUCAGAUAAGAAGUGUUUUAAACACAAGUCUGCAAACACUGUCACGCAAAUCUUGUAGCUAAGCCUAAUGCCCAAGUUGUCUCACUGCAUUUAUAAUCCCAGAAAAGUGAGAGAAGAGUCUAGAUUUGGGAGUAACAUGGGAUCUCAGCAUUUAGUGGCCAAGAAGUCACAGAACCAGAUUAGGGAGGCACCCUCAUGGUUCCUGUUCCGUAACCGCCAUCAGAUGUCAAAGCUAACAGUGUUCUGUUAUGUUUUUUUCCUUCCUCAAGUCAACAGCUCCAAGACCUGAAGAGUCGAGCCUUGUCAACCAAAAGGGAAAUACAAACAGCUGUUCUUCAAGCCAUUCAAGUCACUCUCCUGUUUGAAGUUAAGCCUACAGAUUCAGGUCAAGUUUACAUAUUCCUCGUAGAGACUGUGAAACAACACGAUGAGAAGACGCCGGCAGUUUGUCUGAAAGAAGAAACGGUGGUGGUUUGUAUGUCCUGCGCCUGUUUUCCUAAAGGUAUCCACAGAUGGCUGUGCAUCCUGGUCCUUGUCCCCAAAAGUGUGGCCUGUGAGAGCAAUGGACUGAAGUCUAAAGUGUUGUUCCGGAUUGAAUUAAGUUCUAUUAAUUCACUGGUCUCAGUCAUGAAAAGGUUGGCCAUUUAUGGGGAAAAAGUCUCAACCUAAUGAGCAUUGACAUUAUGCACGAUAGAGAAUACAGUCUAGUGUUCUUCAUCAAGGUGAUCUCCUCACUCCGUACCCUCAAAGUUGAGCUCCAGCUCCAGAGCAGCCAGAGAAAGAGAAGAGGGCGAUUCUGCUUCCAUCAUCCUUAUGUAGAAGUCCUGCCAGUACCGAGAAUCCCGUAGGCCCAAACAACACCGCACAGGGAUGAAGCCCAUCUUUCAUCCAUGUUCAUCUUUCAUCAGCGGGAAACAUGCCGCUGCUUCAAGAAGGAAUAACGAGUGGUUUGUAUGCUGCAUCUUGCUCUGGUGUUUGCAAGGCUGGUAAGCGAAAGAGACUUCUCUGGAUGGAGGUAGAUGACGGCACAACAGAUGUUGCCUCACAUUUCUUCUGUUAAAGGUUUCACAUUGUAUGUUUUGCCUUUAUCUUGACAAAAAGAGAAUGAAUUAUGGCGCUGCAAAGCAGAUUUUUAUGAUAAUUUACGAUAUGCGACAGGUCAAUUAAGUAUCGUAACAAAUUGGACAAUAUCCUAAAACGAGUAAUAAGUAAGAUCCCAGAAAUUUACUGCACGUGUACUUGUGCUGUCUGAAUGUCAGAUGGUAAAUUAUUUCGUCAAACUGAUGUAGACAGCAAUU